UGCAAAAAUGGAAGUAGCCAGAUCAGAUACAAUUCAUUUUGCAUCAUGUCUGGUUUCAGGUUUUGCAAAACCAUUAGCACCCGCCCAAUAUAAAAUGAUCAGAAUUCUACAUAACAAGAUUCAGCUUUCAUGUUGUUGAGAACAAGCCAUCAGCUGUUUUAAUUUGAUUCUGAUCACCACCAUGUAUCAGUUACUUCCUCAAUUCAAUGCCCCUCAGGAUUCUAAUCUUCCCAUCCCUGAGAUCUCAUCUGAUCCAGCUGCAACUAUUCCAUCUGAAUGCCUCAGGGAAGCAGUGUUUGCAGGAGGUCUGCCUCUGUCUCUCCCUGAUCUUCCUGUUUAUAUGAAGUCACUAACAUGCAUAUGCUUAUUGAUGCAUAAACUUGCAGGUAGCUUUUGGGGUCUUGAAGCUGGUUUUGGGCGUGUAAAUGGAGUCAUAAAAACCGCCACUGGCUACUGUGGAGGAACCCUGAAAAAACCUUCAUUCAGAGAGGUUUGUGAAGGGAAAACAGGCCACACUGAAGCUGUAAAAAUCAUGUAUGAUAAGAGAAAGGUCUCAUUCAGAUCACUAUGUGAUAUCUUCUGGGAAAUCCAUGAUUGCACCAACAAAGACUACCUUAAAUUUGGACUAAGUACACAUCUUAGGUCAGCAAUCUUUUACAGCAUGGAGGAAGAGAGAAAGCAAGCCCAAGAGUCAAGGAUCAGACGGCAGAUGAAAUUAAACAGGAGAAUUGUGAGCAAAGCCCUCCCAAUUGAGUAUGAUUUUUGUAUGGCAGAAAACAAACAUCAAAAAUAUUACUUGCAGAACAAUUAUAGGCUUUGCGAAAGCUUGAAUUUGAGAAGCACAGAGCAAUUUGUGGAGUCAACCAUUGCUUGCAAACUCAAUGGGAUUUUAGCUAUGGAAGCGAGGUCAAGUAUUGAGAAGCUGACAACAUUCUUGCAAACAAACGAGACGAUGGCAGAGGAAACCAAGUUAGUCUGCAAAGAAAUAAUAGAAGGUUCUAAAGGCAAAUGAAGAUGGAAAGGCUCAAAUUCUCUGAAGAUCGUUCGUCAGCCGGACCCAAGAUUAAUGUAAAUAUAUUAAAAUUUUUAAGUGUAAGUAACGGAUCAAUCAAAUCAAAACUACAAGUACUGUAGAGUUGAACUUAUAAGUGUAAUGAUACUACAUUUGAAGUUUGGUUUUGAUAAUCCAUUAUAUAUUUCAGCCUUU